AUGAUAACGAAGGCAGUAGAAGCUAGUGGAACAGUUACUAUUACAACUGUAACCCAGCAACUAUUUCGAACAAAGAUGGAUUUUAAUGAAUGUUUCAUUCAUCCAAAGUCAUUCUCUUUAGACCCUAACAUUUAUACAGAACUUGUAGAACAUUAUACAAACGAGGCUUUAUGUUUUCCUGUUAAAGUUAUGGAUUGGAUUCCUAUGGACGGUUCAUUCUCAAAGAAUACAGAUAGUUCAAGUGCAACAUUUACAGCAGCUUAUACGCCUAUUAAUGUUAAAAGUAUUUGGGCACUAUUUAGAAAGAAAGACAACUAUUAUGUUAAUUUUGAGAACCCUAAGUUUAAAUAUCUUCAGCUUUCCAUGGGAGCUUAUGGAAAUAUGCCUGCAGAACCUGAAAAAUCAUAUGGACCUGUAUUUUAUGAAAUGGUUGCGAACGCCUGCAAUACAAACAAUGAUAUGAUAGGAUUUAAUGAAGAUGUUAUGAGGUCAUUGGUGGAUGAUGGUAGUGUGGAACAUAAAUGGGAUAGCUAUGACAACACACAUUUCUUAUGUGGUUUUCCAACAGAAGUGGACUUUUGCUUCCAGCAAGGUCAAACAUCUACUGCUCCAAUAACAUACAAAUUGUCUGUUAAAGGACCUAUUGAACUAGCAACUGAAAAUGUACCAAAGCCACUUAUUGGAUUUAUGAGGGAUUGUUGCUUUGCCAUUCAGGUGCGUGCUAAUGGCAUCCCCAUAAUAAGAUUAGAUGACUAUAACUUAGCUACGGACGACAGUGAGGAAUAA